UCGCCGCUGCGGCCGGGAGGCAUCGCUCCCUCCUCCCACCCCCUCCCCGCGGCCCUCGUGCCUCCAUCCCCGCCCCCCGCUGGAGACCGACGUUCUCGACGCGGCCUGGGAGCCGCCUCCAUCCCGCGAGGAGACGGCCGCCCCCUGCCAGGCGCCGCUUCGCCAGCCACGCGCGAGCCCGCGAUCAGGAGAGACGAGCGCCGGCGCUGAGACGCUGCUGACACUUCCCGCCCCAUCAGGAGAGAGACGGACCCACCCCGCGCCGGCCCCGCUUCGCAGCCGACAGCCUCGGGGGACGCAGCCGCCGCCGCGGCCACGACAAAGACAUGAAGAUCAAGGAUGCCAAGAAACCAUCUUUCCCAUGGUUUGGUAUGGACAUUGGGGGAACCCUGGUGAAACUUGCAUACUUUGAACCAAUUGAUAUCACUGCAGAAGAGGAGCAGGAGGAAGUUGAAAGCUUGAAGAGUAUCCGCAAAUAUUUGACUUCCAAUGUAGCCUAUGGAUCCACUGGCAUCCGAGAUGUCCACCUUGAAUUGAAAGACUUGACACUUUUUGGCCGAAAGGGAAACUUGCACUUUAUUCGAUUCCCAACUCAUGACUUGCCUACUUUUAUUCAAAUGGGAAGAAAUAAAAACUUUUCAACGCUACACACAGUGCUUUGUGCCACAGGAGGUGGUGCUUAUAAGUUUGAAGAAGACUUUCGCACAAUUGGAAACCUGCAGCUGCACAAACUGGAUGAGCUUGACUGCCUUGUCAAAGGAUUGUUGUAUAUAGAUUCAGUCAGUUUUAAUGGCCAGGCAGAGUGCUAUUACUUUGAAAAUGCCUCAGAACCUGAGAGAUGCCAAAAGAUGCCUUUUAACCUGGAUGACCCAUACCCACUGCUGGUUGUAAACAUUGGUUCAGGAGUCAGUAUUUUAGCAGUCCAUUCCAAAGACAACUACAAGAGAGUAACUGGAACAAGUCUAGGUGGAGGGACCUUUUUAGGUUUAUGCAGUUUAUUAACUGGCUGUGAAAGUUUUGAAGAAGCUCUUGAAAUGGCAUCCAAAGGGGAUAGUACACAUGCUGACAAGCUGGUCCGUGAUAUUUAUGGAGGAGACUAUGAACGAUUUGGCUUGCCAGGAUGGGCAGUAGCAUCUAGUUUUGGGAAUAUGAUCUACAAAGAGAAGAGAGAAUCUGUUAGUAAAGAAGACCUGGCUAGAGCCACAUUGGUUACCAUCACCAAUAAUAUUGGGUCUGUAGCACGGAUGUGUGCUGUUAACGAGAAAAUAAACAGAGUUGUCUUUGUUGGCAAUUUUUUACGUGUGAAUACUUUGUCAAUGAAGCUUCUUGCAUAUGCACUGGAUUACUGGUCAAAAGGCCAGCUAAAAGCUCUGUUCCUAGAACAUGAGGGGUAUUUUGGAGCUGUUGGUGCUCUUCUCGGGUUGCCGAAUUUCAGCUGAAGAACCAGAUGUCUUUACGCUGAGCUGCUUUCCACUUGGAUGACAUUACUGCAUCGUUUAAAUCAAUGGGAACCAAAGGAAAAAAGCAGUGGUUUUACUGUAAAUGUUUUUAAAUUUAAACGUGGUAAGCUGCUGGAUAUUGCCAUUUUAAAGAAGUGGAAUCUUACCAUGUUGGGCAUUUAUAAGUAAAAUAUUAGAGGGGUUUGUUUGUUUGUUUGUUUGAUGUACUCCAGUACACAUAACCAGUAUUGAACUUUUAAUAUGCAAUACAUCCUCUGAAAAACAAGCUUCCAAAAGAGAGAAUUCCAGCUCCUUAUGCGUCUGGCACUUAAAAUAUUUUGGGCUUUAAUGCUAAGCAAAUCUGUUUUGUAUGUAAUCUGGUGUAGGUGGUUUAUUUUAAUCUAUUUGUUUUAGUCCUUGUUUGCCUUGUUCUAACAGCAGAAUUUCCUUUGUACGUUUCAAAACAUUGACUUAAAAAAAAAAACAGGGUGCCAUCAACAAAAGGAAAAAGGAAAGUUGUAUGCAUUUUAAAAAUGGCUUCUUACAUUAAGGACAGUAAAGUGUUAUGACAUUAAACACAUUUCACUGAUCAUGGUAUUUGAUAUAAAACAGGGAGGAAAUAAAAAAUCUCUGCCUUGUAAGCAAAAAGCAGAGAAGGGCAGUAGCAGCUACUACUGCAACUCCAUUUUAUCUGUGUUUCUGAGAUAUGGUUGCUCAAAUAGGCAGCACAUGGGGAAUCUUGGCAAGACCAUCUCUCUGAAUUAGGUUUGAGUCAAAGAACAGCAAGGCUUUAGAAUGGACCUGUCUAGAUUAAGCAGACUUUUGAUUUCUACCAUUUUCACUAUCAAAUCCACCAUAAAACCUGGCACAGUUUAUAGAAUCUACCCAAAAGAGACCAAGGACUAAAAUAGCAGUAGUGUUAAAGUUUGUAAAUCUGAAGUGUCGAUCAUCUUUCUGAGUAAUCAUGCAUAGCUUCAAUUCCUUUUUUACUGGUUUGAAGGAUGGUUAGUUCUUUAUUUUUUGUGAGAUGUAAUCUCAACUUUGAGUUUAUUAAAAAUUAACAAUAUUUUUAUACAUGUAUUUGGAAUUGGAGGUUUGUUUACAAUGGUUUCAGAGUUUGUAUUGCAAUGUCAAAAGGACCAGUAUUCAGUACACUUGGCAAUAAUUGGAACUGCGUAUUGAACUGUGGCCUUGGGAUGAAUUCCAUAUUUUGUAACUAGUCCUUUUUUGCCUGAAUAUUUCGUUCUCACAGUGGUUAAAAAAUUUACAGUAGUGUAUUUACUGUGAUGUCUAGUGCUGCCGUGAGAUGAGCUACUAGAUUAGAAAGACCAUUUCAGAGAUCGUCAGCUAUGUGCUAGCAUAUUUAGUGUCUCUAAUAAGAAAUGUCCAGCUUUAUAGUACAUUAAUGAGAGAGGUUUUCUCUUUUGAAUCUAAAGGAAACAUCAGAAUAAAAUUUACUGAUAAAUUAGAUUUUCAUGUUUAUAAAUGAGUGUUAAUCUAAAAAAAUAAAAUAAAAUGAAAAAGAUUAAUAAACAAUUCCAGAACAUUGCUAUAUUCCAUUAUAGCAGCAUCUGAAUUUUUAACCAUUUUCCCUAACCCACAAUGUACACAGAAAGGAUUGAAUGUACUAGGUAAAACUUGUCUUUCUAUUCUUUAAGUUGAACUCCUUUUAAACUGGAGAUUUUAGAAAUUCCUAAAGUCCCAAAGUGCAAUGAUUUGUACCAAUAGCCACUUUAUUCAACUUGGAACAGUGCCAACUUCAGACAUAGUUUGAUUGUUGUUGCUGCUGGGUACUGAAGGCAGAUAUCCAUUUUGAAUAUAUUGAAAUAUUGCUUCAGUUGGAGAAUGAGGUUUUCCAUUUUCUAAGUGAUCCUAUUUUUGAAGGCUAUCUUCAGUCUGUGAAGCAGAUGAGCACAUCUUGAGUAACGUGUUCUCUAAAAGCUGCUACAAGUUUCAAGCUAUGACAUAGUACAAGAAGUAUGAUGGUUUGUAACGAUAGUUCAUUAAAAUACAUUUAUUCUAUAAGUUUUCCACAAAGGAAAAUGUUUUUGUAGAUUUAUUGUAGUAACCUCAUAUAGAGUUUCACAUCCUAUAUUCAUGGCAUUCUUAGAUGUUGGAGCACCUCUGUCUCAUGCUUCUUGCAGUUUCUUGCAAGAAACAGUUCAGCUAGUCCAGAUAAAUGCUGAGAUUAAUUUAUUCUCUAUAUAUCCUGUAGUACUGGAACACAACCUAAGAAUUGUUUUUGAAAUAGUAAUUAAAAGUAAUUUAUAUAUACUGACCAGCAGAUAUGAAAGUAAGAUUUAGUUGCAACUUUCCUUUUCCAGUCUAGUCUUUUUAGGAAGUCUAUCUAACAGAGAAAUUACCCUGGUCAAUUCAGGACACAAUUAAUCAGUUCUGGAAUAACAGACAGAACAUGUUGACAAUUUAGGAAUAAACUUCUUCUCUUGAACUUGAAAAAGAUGGCUUCCGUUCUAUAGUUCCAUCAGUAUGAUUAUGUUGACCUCUCCAAAAAAUACCAGAAAAGUUUUCUGCCCCUAAUCUACAAUAUGGGUAAUUCACAUCAAUAAGGAUUAUUUUCAGGAAAGUUUUUGCGAUGUGUUUGGUUCUUUCAAAACAGAAAAUUUGAUGCCCCUUUUGUCAUCCAAGUUGGUAGACAUUACAGAUAUCUAUACUGAGAUCGAGAUUUAUAGAUAUAUACACAUACAAGUGCGGAGGCUGCUCCAUUGCACUGGAAUUCUGGUGUGUUGGAGCAGUCUCGAUUAAUUGAGUCUGCUGGAGCAUGGUAAUUAUUGCGCUCCAGCUGCUUCCUGAGUCUCAUGCAUCAGCGUCCCUGCACUUAAAAUUGGCAGCAGGGACACUUAAACUAAAGUUCAUUCAAGGAGCUUUAGUUCAAAUGCCGCCGCCACCUUUUUUAAGCACAAGGAUGCUAAUACACGAGACGCAGAGGUGCCUUAAUUAGAGGGGCUCUUGAAGUCACUCUAAUUAAAGCUCCACCACUGCCACCACGACCCCUGGAGCAUGUAUAAAAGUGCCCUAUGAGAUUAGCGUUAGAUCUUUUCAUCUGGAUUCCUAUGUACAGUGCAAAAGUCUGUACUCGCUGUACAGCAAAGUGAUUUGAUUCUUCAUAUUUGCUGUUCUUACUUCACAUUUAAUAUUUCUUCCUCGGAGCUAGUCAAUGUCCUUUUGCUGUAAACUAAAUCAAGUAGCAGCUGAAUCUAGCAGAGGAAGCGCAGCAAAUGCUUUUUCAAAUGUACAGGUUUUCUGAACUGCUCUCUCUUCAAGUGGGACCAUUUCCUUCACCUUUAAAGGAAGAAGCAAGCUCAUUCUGAAUGUAGUAACACCCAGAUAAAGCAACCACAUGAGUGCCUUUCAUUUCUCAUAUGGUGCCAACAAUGCUGGAUUUGCUAGCUCUGGAACUUAAUGCAGGAGCAUUCCUGGCAAUAGUUCUACUGUUUUCAUUCUGUAACACUUACUAAAGAUGUCAACAAUAAUACUUUUAUCAGCAUUGUAAAUGAUCUCUCAGACCUGACACAGAACAGUCAGGAAGAUGAUACAAGUUUGUUGGUCUCCUGGCAAACUAUUCUACUUUUGUUGAAAUAAUUACUUAAACUAGUCUCUUUUCAUUCAUCCCUCUCAUUUGGCCCUGCCCCAGGUGUCACUUCUGACUUUAAGAGGUCAUUGUCUCUCUGCAGUGGUGUUAACUUUUUAGCCACCUAAGUUUAGCUAUUUCUAUAUCAGACACUUCAUUUUUAUAUGAAAAUACCGUUAUGGUCUGGCUGGUAUGGCUAGAAAAUCUUUAACUACUUCAAAAACCUUUCCAAAUCUGCUUAAGGGAGCUAACCACUUUAAAUGAGAAGCAAUAUUGCUCUGGUGCAUUUUGGACUGUUAACACAUUGGGGGAAAUAUAGCAUUUCUGUAAGUAUUUUUAUGCUGAGUCCUUUUUAAUGAAUCCAGUAGAUUGUUGCCACUUGCACAAACAACUUCCUAGAAGGGCUCAUUAAAUUUAGACUCUAGGAGAGAGUAGCAGUAUGGAUAACCUUUCUUUCCCUUUUUAUUCUUUUAAGAGCUUUGGCAGAGGUCCUCAGAGGUACUUAGGCACCUUUGAGGAUGUCAGCCUUUUUUCUUUGAUUUGCAUACUUCCAGCAACGAAGUAUCCAUAAGGUCCUGUCAGCUCUUCAUAAAAUACCUUCUGGCACUAUUUAAAUUAAUGGCAUUAAUAGAGUUAGAAGCUAGGUUGUACUAUUAGCUUAACCUGUGUGUUAAAAAUUGAAGAGAAGUGUAACUAUGGUCCUUCUAAAGGUAUUAUUAGGACUGUUAAUCUUAUUUGAGGAGUUACGUUUCUCUUGCUUUUAAGUGGUGGUUAGUACGUAUCCUGUAUAUCUAGGUUGAGGUAUUCCUUGUUCUUUUAGCAUGGAGAAAAUAGUCUUUGUUACACCACAGCUUUUACACAUUUUGGACCUACAUUGGUUCAGGAAAAAUAUAUUUUUUAGAAACUGGUCCAUUCCAAAUAAUGGUGGCAAUAAAUUAUAUUCCCUAAAUGUUUCAGGAAAGCAGUGAGAGUUUGUUUUCAUAUAAUUCAAGUGCUUUCAUUUGGAGCAAAAUAAUCUGUGUUCCCUAAAGUGUCCAGUGUCUCUUAUGUAAUUAUUCAGCUUGCACUCAUGCCUUUGUACUGCUGUAUAAGUAUAUUGCAUUCAUUAUGCACCCUCUGAAAUAACCGAUAUUGUAAGAAGAUAAGAGAGCACAAUUCUGAACAGAAUCAAAGACUAGACAAUUUUGUUUAGCAUUUAAAGCAAAAAAAAAGUAUUGUGUGUGUGUCAGUACAGCUAAUUAGGUACAAUCCACUAUUUCUCCUGCAACUAUUGAACCCAUAAUGAAGGUACCUUUUAACAUGAUAAUGUUUUCCUUAUGAAGCAGGCUUCUUCAUCCUUCCUACAAAUAUAUAUAUUUUUUAAAUCAAAAAAUAUAUAGAGGAGGAAUUAACAAAAACGUUGUGUAAGAUUUAAGUGUUUGACUCAGACACACAUGGGUUAUAGUACAAAAGCAAGCAAACAUGUUAUAGAAACAAUAACUGAAGUGAAGUUUUGCGAGACCUCGGUUUUAGGCCACACCAUAGUGGAAGGGUAACUUUUAGCUUGCUGUGCUUACAGUUUGGGAGUCAGUUAGCUAAAUCUGCAGAAACAAAGUUUGUAUUUGAGAUGGAGCUAAUAUGGAGGACCACAAAUGCCUUAUGCAGUCUACUGGGGUUAUUCCCCAGUGAUAUUCCACAAUGUUCUCAAAUGCCCUGUGUAUCAGUUAUAAUAUGGCUUCUGUUAAUACAUUCCAAAGACUGUUACCAAUAUUCUAUAAUCCAUAAUAAAAAAUCUUUAGUGAAGUCUUUUAAUAAAGAAAACAAAAGUCUGCAAGCGAGGCUAUUUGGCAAGUUGCUAACCUGCUCACACUUGAUGUGUAUAGAACACUGUAACAACCAGCCCUCCUGGAAACAUCAAGAGAUGUGCUAACGGAAGAAUAUUUAAGUAAUCCUGGUUGUUUAAUGGAGUGCCAAGCCCUGCACACACUGUAGAUAUCCAAAUAGCCUGAUGACUUAAGUAGGUACUACCUUAAGCAGUAAUGAGCAAGAUUAGGCUCCAAGGUCUUCUCAAAUGUAGUUAAAUGGAGAACACAGUAAUGCCACUUUGCAUAUUACUGCUGGUGCUAAAUCACUUGUUGAAAAAUUUAAAAUCUAAAUACAAGUUGUAAAUACUAUGUUUAUGACCUGGUCCUUUUGACUGACUUGAAAUUUAUCACUCAGAUUUCUUCUGGCCUUAUUUCAAGCUUACCUUUUUAGUUUAUAUUCUGUGGUUCAUUAAUGUCGAAAGUCAUUUGUGGGAUGGGCUUUCUAUGCUGCUUUCUGUAAAGCAGGUAACAUUUAGUUUGUGUAUUAUAUCAGAUCAUCUUCCAUUUCUAGAUUUCAGUUGUAAGAGUAGUUUAGGUAUUAAUCUUACAGUUUACCAUCCAUUGUCACUGUAGCUGUUUAAAGUAAAAACAGUUCUUAGUACCACCUGUAAUGGUUUGACAUACAUCCUUUGUUAAUUCUUCAAAAAGUAUGGCCAUAACUGUAAGCAUUUUUGUUUGAAAAUUGUAAAUAUAUGUAUUUAAAACUACUUUUAAAGAUGAAAUGUUAAAUUGGUCCUAUCCAUAAGAGAAUCUAAAAUAUGGAAUACAAAUUGUUAGUUUAGAGUCGUAUAUUUUAAUUUUAAUUAAACAUUUUCACAAUUUCAUAGGUAUAAAUUUUAGACCAUUGUAAAUACAAAGACUUGGAACAGUUGCAUUAAUUCAGAUUUGAAAAAGAGUUGUGAAUGAAAACAUGAAGAAAUUUUAUGUUACAAUGCCAAGAAGCUCAAAAGUAAUGGGGUUGAAUAUUUGGGUAUUUGAAUUAUGAUGGAGAAUAAGGAAAAUUUUGUUUUGAUAGGCAGCAUCAUCUUUUUUUUUACACUGGUCGUAAUAGGACUUUUGGCAUUUUAAUCAUACAUAUUUUUAUCUUGGUUGUCAAGCAAUUGUCUUGCAGCAUGCAGACCACCUAAUGACCAAAUCGUAAUUUCAGAGGGAGGCAGGAGGAAUUUGGGGGUUAGCAGCGAGGUUGGUUCUUUAUCAGAAGGGAUGGCACAUUCAUAAAUUGCAAACCCAUGUGGAGAAGACUUUCUUCUAUGAGCCAUUUUGGUUCAGUUGCCUUAUUCUAUUGCAUUGUACUCAUGUUAUGUCUCAGCUUUUUUUGUUUACUGUUCUGACACUGAAGAUGUGAUGUAAAAAAAUGUAUGAUGUGAUGCAAAUUUUAUUUGUAAAAUUACUAAAUUAUACCUUUAUGUAAUCUAUAAUACAUCUCUUGUAAAUUGUUUAAUUUAUUUUUCAUUUUAUAGAUGCUCAUUACUGAAUGUACAGAAUAGAUUUCUUUAAUAUGUCACUAAGUCUUUUUGUUGUGGCCAAGCUGUGGCCAAUACUGUAAUUCAUCCCCAUUAAAACUGUAUAAAUCUUAACUGCCUGUUUGCAUGAUUGAAGUUUGAAUUUAAUUUACUUAUUCAUACUGCCAUAAACCAAUUUCAGUAUGUUGGGCCUACUUUUUAUAGUUUAUUUUCCUGGUUUUGUUAAUGUUUGUUCUGUAUGAAUGUUGAAACAGUACUUUUGUCUUACUUUUCCUAAUAAAUAACUCCAGGUUGUUCA